GACUGCUGGGGCUCUGCCACGCACCAGGGCUGGAGGGGACCUGGAACCAAAAGCAAGAGAGCAGGAACGCAGCAAAAGAGCUCACAAGCCUUUCUUAGCAUGACAUGAGAGCAUUAUUUAAGUAAGGACUUCUUAGGGAGGGCAGCCCCAGGUUGCUGGAGCUUGGGUGCCUGGAGUGGUUUUGCUGCCAGAGCACUCUCCACAGUUGCCUGACCAUUCCAGCAGAGGAUUGCAGUGCCUCACACAACCCUCUGGUCCACGGUUUCCAUUUCACUAAAUAUCCCAGGCUUCAGCUUCCCAUCCCCUCCCUCCUGCCCCUCUUCCCUUGGCAGGGCUCCCCAGCAACAGAGCGUGUGCCCUCCUGUGUGCCUGGCAGCUCCAGCACCCCCUUCCUCCCCGCCUGUAGGAGCAGAGAAGAAGUUCAGGAGCUGUGGGGCAGGCGAUAUUUUUGGCUCAGGUCACAGAUUGAUUCCUGCCCACUCUUUCCCUGCUGCUUGCAAGAAAGGGUCCCCAUCUGAGGAUGUAGAGACAAGCUUUCAAAGGCGUGGAGUGGGAGCACAGUGCUGCAGCCUCCCAGUCACCAGAUGCUCCUGCUCUAGGAUGUAUAAUUUUUGCUGUCUUGACAUCAUCUGCUCUCCCUGCACCAGCAGCAAGGUGUGUGGGGCUCUCCUCUGAGCUCCACAGUGCAGCCAUGCCAGCCCGCAGAGCAAGCACCACCAAGUACCUCACGCUCCCUACUGAUCACAGAGACCAGAUGAGGGGGAGGUGAUCCCUGCUGUGCCUGCCCAGCUGCCAAAAGCUACCCAAUUUCAUUAGGUAAGGGUGCAGCAAGCACCUGUCAUGGGAGAAGCCACUCUCUCCCACCAGCUGCCAGGUUAGGAGACAGCACCAAGGCUAAAGAGCACACCUGAGGUCACAGACAUGAAGCAGGGUCUCAAACCACAGAAUGUCCCUCUGCCAGCCGACCUCAUGCCAGAGCCUGGCAUGCUUUUACUGUGACAGCAUACAGCAAACCAGCAUCCCUCCUUGAACAGGAACUAGAGGCUGGGGCAGAAAUCCAGACAAGUUUCCAUAGGUAGCCUGGCCCAAUGUCACAUUUCUUCUUGGUAAGUAGGAACACCCAGACUGGCUAGUUGAGAUGGGCCACAGGAAUUGAUUGUGUUGCUGGGCCACUUGCAGGGAAGCUGUAAUCAACUCUUCUCAUCUUUUCUGGCUUUUGGUUGACCUAUUGCAGCAGCCAGUGCACUCAGGGGAGAUGAUUUUACACACAGUAUGCACACACAUUAGCCCAGAUAAUUUUACAAACUGCAUAAAGAUGUGCACCUUGGUCAAAGGCUGGCGUGUGUGUUUUGUUUGGGUUUGUUUUAAAUAUCCUUUGCCUGUGCUUAUUGCACACCAGCCAGCAGGCAGCAUUUUCAUGGAUCAUUGCCUCCAUGGCUAGCUAAUACUCAGCCAGAGAGCUGAAAUAGCACUGGAAAAGUUCAUCUGAAAACCUCUACAAGUCUGAAGCCCUGCAAGUCUGAAAUCCUACAUGUUCAUUAAAGACCACAGAGUUUGUAAAUAAAAUAAGCUACAUCCUUCCCAUAAAAGUGCCCAGGAGAGAUCCAGUUUCUGAGAUAAAGCAAUACCUAUCCCUAUUACUUUCCAACACUGAACAAACAGAUCAACUUCCUAAGCAGACUCUGCUUUGGCCCUCGAGUUGGGCAAGAGGAGCUCCCGAGGUCCUUCCUCACCCACACUUGCCCAUGACUGCACUUACACCUUCAUGGUAGAGCUACAGAGGAACUUCCACUGACACCUUCUGUCAUUCUAAAAUAGUUAUUCAAAGUGAAUUGUUAUUCAAUUUAGUUGUUUGUUAUGAGUUAUAGUUAUAUAGUUAUUUCCUCAUAUUAGUUAUGAGGAAAAGGUGUUUUACUUGAGUUUGCAGUCUGAAUGGUUCUUUAUACUCCCUCCUCUCCAAAGUCAUGUUUGAAUGCUUUCAAAACAACAUUUUUUACUCUUUUGCAUGAUACAGAUAUUUUGGGUUUGGCAUGUUUGUCUGCUUCAACUAAUAACAGCCUUGAAAUAAUUGAAGGUAUCCAGAAAAAUGUAUUAAGCUGACUGGGAAAGUGUGGGGAUGUAUUUUUCUGCUCUGUGACAUUCAGUAAUAAACCUUUUACCAUGAUUCAGGGCAGAGGGGAAAUGGGAAUCACAAAAGCCAUUUAAGAAGGCAAAGUAAAUUUUAUACAGUUCCCCUACGCCCUUUCUUCUCUUCAUCAUGCCCCAGAGAAAGGGAUUCUGCAGGGGGUUUUAUUCAGCAGUUCAAGGUUAGAGUAGAUGCCCUAAGUUCAUUGAACACUCUUUCCAAGUUAAUUGAAGUAGCUGUCAAUAAAAAGGCAGAUCAGAUAGUGGCUAAGUAAGUACAUUCAAAGAAAGGACAGAAUACAAAUACAUAUACAUAUAAUUAUUUUCUGUUCCUGGGCAAAAUCCAAUGACCUGUUUUAUGUAGCCAGUCAAGAAGAGAUCAGAAUAGCCUUAAACUUUAUAACCAGCUCCUCUGAGUUAUCAGCAGACCACUAUCAUUUUACUGGUGAUAAUGGGAUCCUGGGGAAUAUGAAACAGCCCAAAGGGACUGAGCAAAGACCAUCUUUUCUCCCUGGCUCCUCUAAUACCACCCUCUUGGCACUUGGGCUCAGGAUCUCUGUCCUUGGUUGCCUCUCCUUUCCCCAGAAGUGCCCUGGUGCAGGGUUUGCCAUGCACAGUGAUGCACCUCUUGCAGCAGUCAUUCAGACAACAAGAAGAGCAAACAGUUGCCAAGCUGUGGGUUUACCUACUGGAAUCUUGGAAGGUGGCUGGGGAACAUCAGUGUGCCAACACCUUCUCCUGGUUGUGGCUUCAUGAAAUUGCAGAAGUUCAGAGGCAUAAAAAGAAGAAUAAGAGGCAACAAACUAGCAUUCUCUUAUUGAUGACCACAUCACCUACAUACACCUCCAUUUAGCUUCCUGGCACUGCUGCUCUCCUCCUUGCAUCUGGUGGAAGGGAGUCUACCAACAUUUCCAUGGAGGUCUCUAGUGUGUCAUCCCUUCUGUGAAACUUGGUUGGUAGAAAUAUCUGCCUGUCUUGUCCCCUCUUAGCCUGUAAGAGCAGAAACUCUACAUCUUUGUUAAGAAAUAGAAGGGAUCUGAACACUCCCUACUCUGCAUGUGCAAACACAAGCCAGCCCUUUGCAUCAUUCAUAGAGUGUGUGCUGCAAAUUGAUGCAUUAGGCUAGUGUGGUUUCAGUGGUGACAGUGGCAGAGCAGGGUGCAAUGUGUCUUUGGGCAUUUCUGAAGUCUGUUAAAAUAUUCUUAUUCAGAAUAUGGCAUUUCUUAGAUUUCCAGUUGGGUUGUUAUUGCCUGGGUUUUGUUGUUGGUUUUUUUUUCCCAGCAACAUCUUCAAUGUUAGGGACACACAAAGUCACUAGCACUCCUAAAAGACUAGGGCAUUUUUGAGACAUUGAAGUUGUCAGUCAAAGAGGAUUUAACUGCAUUAGGGUAUUUGUAUGAAGGAGCAAGCACCUAUCCCAAAUCCUCCCAGAGGUCUGCACUGCAGUAAGGAGCAGUGUGUCCUGCAGAGCCACGCAGGACCUCACCAGUCAUCAGGGAGGCAGAGGGGAAGAGAGCAAAUGGAGAGCUCACCUCUGACACCCACUCCAAAGCACCAGCACAUGCCCUCCUUCCCACAAGAACCAGCCUCAUCAGAUGGGCCAAACCUCUGAUGGAUGAAGGAAGAGCUCUGCUACCUUGAUCCAUGAUGGAGUAACUCAGAUUAGAGAGGAGUCAGUGGGCAACAAGGCUUAGCAGGGAGAAGCAGAAGGAAUUUGCUUUUAGAGCUGGCUUUGUGGUGUAGCUCACCAGCAUCUCAAAAGCCAUAUGAAACAGCCCAAGCUUAACCUGGGCAUAAAGCUGCUCUGUAGACCUCCAGGAAAUUGCUCUCACAUGCCCCAUCUUCCUGGCAACAUGUUUAACCUCCCAGCUGCCAUGGCAUUCACACUUAAAGGCUCCUGAAAGGCUGGGAAAAAGGAGAAUCCAAGAAGUCAGCUGGAAAACAGGAUGAAAUGCCUCAAGGCCAAGAGGCAGUAAGUACCUGCAUGGUGUCUGGGCAGCUCACAGGCUGCCCAGGACAAAGACAGGCACUGAUGCCAUCCUUACCAGCUCACUUCAGCAGCCUUAGCUGAGAUCUUGGAGUCAAAUUGCACAUAAACCCCUCAACCAAAAUUCACCAAAGUAAUCAACUCCAAACCCUCUCUUCUCCCAGUGCAGCAUUUUCUACAGUUGUAUCCUCUGCACAUAGCAUGUCCCUUGCUAGAACAAGUAAAGUCAGAGCCAGAGUUUGCUCUCUUCCUCUCUUGGGAAGGUAACAAUCAAAGCAUAGCUCCAAAUUUGCAUUUUGCAACCCUGACUUUUGCAAAACAGUAAAUCUUACCAGCCAACUUGAAAAGCCUCCAACUGGUUUCAUUGCCUGGAGCUACUCUGCUAGAAUAGCUGUCCUGGCAACAUCACCAUCCUCUGCCCUUCACCUCUCCAGUACUUCAGAUGCUGAACUUUGCAGAGCCAAAGUUGGGAGCACGCAACGGUGUCACUCGAUAGCCCCUCUUCACACUAAUUUUAGGUGGUGGAACUUCUCAUGCUUUUAAAAAGCCCCUUUAUUUAUUUUUGAGAAACCUCUUUGACUUAGUGGCUACCAUAAACACUUUUCUAUCUGAUGUUUUGAACUUACCUGCAGGGCUCUAGAAGUCACAAACAACCAGCACCUGGCAUGAUCUCAAAAGAACAAUCACCUGUUGAUUCUGUAAACUGGACUGAGUAGCAUGAUGCUCCCAACAUGCAAAUGAUUUCAGAUGGAAACAAAUUACACAUCCGAAAUGACAAUGCUGAUAACAGUAUCAUCCGCCACCCAGCCUGUUUCCAAUCACCACCCCCUUUCUCCCCCUCCCACCCUACCAAAGCCUGGGAAGGACAACCUGCGGCUGCAGCGGCUGCUGAAGAAGGCAGCCAGGAAGAACGCCAUCCUCACCUCGGAGCAGGGCAAGGCCUUCCGCUCCAGCCUUUCGCCUGUGAACGAAGCCAGCUCUGACCAAGAGUGUGCAGAGAGUGCUGCCCCAGCAGCAGAGACCCCUGAAGCCACAGCACCCCCCUCUGCCCCCCUGCCAGCCCACCUCUCCAUCAGGCCUGUCAGCCACCGCGCCCCCUCCCCUUUCCGGAAGGGGAAGCCUUUUGCGCUGAAGGUCACCGAGCAGCGGCGCAUUGCCGAGCACGUCAAGCUCACAGCCUCCUCGGCCAUGCCCUUGCUACAGAAGCCAGAAGCUCCUGAGACUCCACAGCAGCCUGAAGGCACGGGCUCCCACCUUCCCUCUCUAUCUGACCCUUCAGUAUCUGUUUUCCCCCAGCCUCCUCCUUCCAGUACACCCGGCAAAGAAAGGGCACCGGAGGGUACCUAUGUCACCAAGGUGAACACUUAUUUCCACAGUGUCAAGCCACCCAGGGCUAAGACUCCCACACCAAACCUGACCCAAGGAACUGUCAGCCAGGAAGACAAAAGACCUACUUCCCCAGCACCUCAAACAAGCAUCUCUGAACCACCUCCAGAGCAGACACCCACCUCACUUAAAGACAGCAAGGCUGCUCCCCUCUUGCCAAAACCUCCCCUUGCUCCUGCUGCAGACACAGAGCCUCCUGAUCAGGCUCCCAAGCCUGUUCCUACUGAGGAGCCCAGCACCUCUGAUGCCCACACCAACAAGCCUACAACCCAUGGAAGUGACACUGAAAUAUCCAGAUCCAAGACAGCCCCUGGAUUACCAGAGGAAGACAGAGACACCCCAGAACCAUCAACAGCCAGCGCUCCCUGGAGGCAAGUACGCCCAGCAACAGCAACUCCAGCACAAGCUGAUGGCACUGGGUCCACCUCCACGGAUACCAAAGCAGAACACAUCCCUGAACCCCAGAUGACUCCCAGCUUACCAAACACCAGCUGUCCCCCCAAGGCUGAGCCAGCACCAUCAUCAGGAGAAGCACCAAGACCUCCUGGAACCAGUGCCAGUGGCUGGCAUCGCCUCAGGAGGCACUUGAUGGUGCAGCCAGAUGCAACCAACUUCCCAGAGUCCAAGCCAGAAAAGCUGGGACAGGAGGAAGGGAAUAAAGAGGAUGCUGCUCAAGCAGACAUCAAGCAAGACUGCAUGCUGGUUAAAUCGAAAGCCAUGAGAAUGUGGGAUGCCAUUUUAUACCAGGUGGCACUCAGCAAGGAGAAGAAGCAGCAAGCAGAAGAGAAGAAGCCACAGAAGGAAGAAAGCUUCUUUCUUCCUCGCCGCUUACCCAUCCUUCUACACAAGCCCCGUUUUGACGCCCGGAAACUGAAGGAGCUGGCUGCCAAGCCCAUGACAAAGAUCAGCACCGUGUUUGAGGUGAGCCGCUUCCGGCCCAAAGGGGCCGAGGAGCACACCAAGAGCUUCAACAGAACAGCAUCAGGAUGGUCGGUCCACUGACGCCAGCCAGGCUGCUGCACGCCUCUGGAGGUGCACCAACCUCUGACCAAGCUGACUGCCCAGUGGAGCCAAGUGUAAGGAAAAAAGGAAAUUAAUUAAAACCCCUUCAAGCCAGCAGCCACACACUGCAGGUCUAAGGGUUACUCUCCAUACAUUUAAAAGCUCAAAUGCAUAACUACCACAUCCACAGGUCACAGGAAAACAAACACAUUUGUUGUUGACUCUUCUUAAAACAAUCACUGGAGGCAGUAACAGAGUGAAGGCACACAGUGAAGAGGACAAGCUGCCUAUAGAAAAAAGACCAGUUUAGAGUAGGAUAAUGGAAUCUGAAUUUUUUUUGUUGCAUUUAUCUAAGGUAUUGAUCCUAGGAACAACAGCAGUUGCAUCUGAAAUGAAGAAAUCUGGGUUGCUCUUCAUCUCUAGGGAGCAUCUUGGAAACCAAACUCAAAGAGAAUACAUACAGCCUCUAACUCCUCCACUGAAAGUGUGCCCCACACCC